CGCGUAGGUCAGUAAAACAUAGCGAAGCUUAGAUUCAUUGACUAUCUAACGGGGCUAAAGACUAGGGAUACGAUUGAUGAAGAACGGAAAAUCAAACACAAGGGAGUAAAGACAAAGUUGGGACAUUGUUAAGAGGAUGUUAUCAGAUUAGUAUUCGCGGGAAGUUAGGGAGAAAUCAUUGAGCGACCAAUCACCCAGUGGAGUAUGCCUCAUAGAGGUCCAGGUGGGGUCAACCAGCUGGGAGGUGUGUUCGUCAAUGGCCGACCACUUCCCGACUACAUGCGACAUCGCAUCGUAGAGCUGGCUCACUGCGGAGUCCGGCCUUCGGAGAUCUCUCGGCAAUUACUCGUAUCCCACGGCUGUGUCAGUAAGAUCCUUGGACGUUACUAUGAGACAGGCUCCGUUAGACCUGGUGCCAUUGGYGGAAGUAAACCAAAAGUGGCUACUCCUAAAGUGGUGAAGAAGAUCCUGGAAUACAAGGACAAGAACCCUUGUAUCUUCGCAUGGGAGAUACGGAAUAACCUCUUGUCUGAUGGGGUAUGUGAUAAGACCAACGUGCCGAGUGUAAGCUCUAUCAACAGGAUUCUUAGGAAUUCUGCCGCAGAGAAAGAAGCCCGGGCGGUUCAAGAACAGGUUAAACAUGCUCAACAGGUUCAACAUCUUCAGCAACAGGUCACCCUUCAGCCCCAAAUGAAUGGAUUUCCAUCACAGAUCAACUUUGCCCUACCCCACACCACUGCCGUCAAUUUCUCACCAAACAUUCAACAACCACAGAUAACACAGCCCCAUCAAUCUACUGUCCCUACUGCCCCUCAAGUACAACACCAACCACAGCACCCCUCCCCAGUGAAAACCCCACAGGACCUAAUCGUGCAAAAUGUCGAGAAACCKUCACCGGAAAAUGGACACAACAUUUCACAAAACGGAAGCAUACAGGAUCUUCACGUCAAAACGGACCAGGAACUACAGAAAGACGAAUCGGACAAAGAACAAAUGAACGAGGAAAGAAAACGAAAGUCAGACAGUGUAAUGAGCGAGACUAGUGACACUAUUAAACAACUCCCAGAGAAGAUCAAUGGAGAGAAUACUGAUGUUAAUGGUAAUGAAGGCCCUGAAGCCAAGAAGAGAAAGAUUGUUUACUUGGACAAUGGAAAUACAAAUGGAAGCAAACAGGACACAUUGAGCCCCGUCUACACACGAGUCUCCCCCACGUGGAUAAAGUACAACUCUGUUAUUCCAAGCGGAUUCGCAUUUGCUGGUAACAUYAAUGGCCUCAACACCAUCACMGAAAUGAAUGGAAUUAACAUGAAUGGGAUAAAUGGGAUUGGAAAUGURAAUGGAAUAAGCGCAAUCAAUGGAAUCAAUGGAAUGACAGCACAGAUGAAUGGAGUGAAUGGGAUGAAUGGAAUGGGAAAUGGAAUGGGAAAUGGAGUGGGAUUUGUGAAUGGGAAUUCGGCUCUUAGUGGAAUAAACGGCCUUGCUGGAAUCAGCACAAUCAAUGGAAUCAACGCUCUUGCAAACUUGAGCUGUCAGACCGUGAAUAGCAUUAACGGCAUCAAUGCAAUCAACGGUCUUCAAGURAACGGACACGGAAACAGCACAGGGUUCCCACAACAACAUGUGGACCAAGAUAGAUCUGUGAAUAACCAAAGYAAUGGCAAUGGAGUUCAUUCUGAGAACAUCCACUGGUCGUCGCAGUACCCAGUAGUAUGCAUACCAGAGUCCAGUCAGUCUGGACCRACCAACCAAACGGUCACAGUCAACAAGGAGGGGUUUCCUCCACAAAUCACUUUCCAAUUCGCGGGAGCACCGCGAUCUGAGUUACAUAACAGUAACGGAAGUACCACUACCACGUCAGUCUAUGCACCUAUCUCAAAUGCUGGACCGCGGUUUUCAACAAUACCWGUAGGUACACCAAUAGCUAAUGGGAUCCAGGCUAUGCAGUUUUCUCGUCCUAUGACGACCGAGUUUACGUCCCCAAUCAUGAAAAUUGURGGACCUGGGACUUUUCUUCCAUUAAGGCCGUCCAUGUCAGCGCUUGAUACACUAACGCAAGGUUAAGUCAGACAUGUGGGACAGGCUACGAGUGUACGAUAAAUAUACCCUCGCGCACGCGCAAUAACAAACUUACUUUUCGCUUUGAAAAGCGCUGCGCAAAUAACAUCUAAAGCGAAACUGUCUGCAAAAAACAGCGAAACAGUGAAUCAUACUUGAACAAUGAUAACCUUGAAUGGYGAAUUUUGAUUUCUGAGAAGAGUUGACCUACUUCUAUAUUUGACCAAAACCAAUGUACAAAAGAUGAGAUGAUAAUAGCAAAAACCACAAAGAACACUACGUCUUAUUCAUAAUUGUGUUUUCCGAUAAAAUGGUGAAUCAUUGCAUCGGAUGAAAUUUUAUUUUUAUUCAGUUCACUUUUUUAUUCAAACUAGAACGGCAAAGUAAUUUUUCGUUAUUUUAGUAAUUUAUUUUAGAUUAGUUMUGGUCUUUGUGGUCUUUGCUUUGUCUUGCAAAGCCAACCUUAGUUAAAAACCAACUAGAUCUCUCUGGAUAUUCUAUAAAAGAGCUUUAGAUCUGAUUGCUACAGCACGAUAAAUGCAGUUAYGAGUUUUGCUUAAUAAAACAAGCAAAUUAAAUAAUAAAAAUAACAUGAUAUGAUUUCUAUAUGAUUUUUGCAAUCAGAUCUAAAGCUUCAGCUAUCAAGAAUUAUACUGCUUGCAAUUUUCUAUAAAUAUGUAAACUAUAGCUAAAAUAUAUGAGCUUCUUUAUUCAAUAUAGCAUAUUAUUGAGUGAGUUUAGAAAUUUAGAAAUGAUUUUAGUGAAAUCCUCAGACCUGGUUAACAUUUAAUCGGAAAUUAACUUGUAUUAUUUAAAAUCAAUCGCAAUUAAUAGCGAUAUAUUYAUUGUAAUUAUAUUUAUGUAUAUUUUAUUUAUCCUUAUUGACAUUAGUAGAGAACGUACUAGCAAAUUUUGAAUUCCAAAAUCCACAGUCCAUUCCAUGAAUUAACUUGAUCARUUUGACAAGGAAUGCCGGACAAAUGAAGAAUUAUAUAUCAUUAAGAAACAAUGCUGUUGGAGGCAAUGAAAAAAGAGCUAGCUAGAAUKUUUGGGAGCACUUCCCCCAAGUUAUAGUCAAAUCCAUAUUUGGCACUGAAAAAGCUCAAAAAUGUAUUCAAACAAAUGCGUCAUUUGACGUUGUUUUAUUGCUUUUAGAUAAAAACAUUGUGCUGUAGCCAUCCUAGUCAAUUACUAAAAACAAUUCGUUUAAAAUAGAGUAGAAUAGAACGAUAUAUUUCGGCCAAAAUUCAUACGCCGCCAUAUUGGACGRUGAGGUGUGACGUCAUAGAGACGCCAUGUUGUUACGUCAUCCAAUGUGGCGGACAUUAAAACUGUUAGAGUUCUACAAUUGACAAGGAAGGAGCUAUSAGCGCAAAUAGUACUAGUGACAAAUAGAUAGCUAUUGUAUCUAUAUAUUACACUACAAAAGAGAUUCUAUUUUUCCAUAUAACUACAUCAAAACCAACGAUUAUUUAUUUACGUUUACUGGUCUUUGUUGAUUAGGUGUCUGUCUGUUUGUCGAGUCAUAUGUUCUUUGUUUCUAUUGUACAAUGUAGUAUUUUCAUUUUCUAAUAACCUGUAUUACCAAUACGGUCAUCAUUCUGAAAGUCCAAAGUGCUUCAAUCCAAGGGUCAAAACAAUUACAAAGUCUUUACUUUCCUAAAUACAUAAAUUAAUACAGUUUCAUAUAAUAUUAAUCUCAAAAAUUGAAUUAAGCUUUAAUCCAAGGGUCAAAACAAUCACAAAGUCUUUACUUUCCUAAAUACAUAAAUUAAUACAGUUUCAUAUAAUAUUAAUCUCAAAAAUUGAAUUAAGCUUUAAUCCAAGGGUCAAAACUAUUAAAAAGUCUUUACUUUCUUGAAUAUAUAAAUUAACACAGUUUUUCAACAGUUUCUCUUCAUAUUAAUCUCUAAAAUUGAAUUAAGCUAAUAUGGCGACAGUAUUGGUAAUAUGGUUAAUUUCUUUGCUUGCGGAUUUACUUCUGAAGGGCCUUGUUUUAGAAAAUAGAGGCGAUUCAGAUCAAAAUAUACAAUUACCACACGUCGCUUCAAACAAACGAAACAUAAGUUUAUCAACAUGUCAAAAGAGUUGCCAAAUAUUGACUAAGAAAUCCUCCUUUUCUAAAAAUACACAUUUGGCAGUAAUAGCGAGCAUGCGCAUUUUAAAAUGAAAGUCAAGCCUCAGAAUGAUGUAUGUUUACCAUGGCAAAUCUUUUGAUCUGAUUUUAGAAUGAAAGACUUUCCUGUUCAGCUUAAGCAUUUUGUUGUCUGUAAAAAUGUUUUCCAGUGAACUUCUAAUAAAUAAGAAUAAAAUCAA